CUUCCGGUUCUAUCCCGUGACAAUACUUCACAAAACACAGAAAGUACAAAAGCAAUUCUCCGAAGUUUACGUUCCCACGAGGUUUGAAUAAAGCUGCGCCGUUGUAUUAGGUAAAGCUACGUUGUGCUAUGAGCGAUUUUUUCUGGCGUUGGCCAAGCUUGUUCCUUGGAAAAAAACAAACUGCCGGCUUUCUCAAAGUUGAUGGACAAUGAAUGAGAUGCAGCACCCAGCGGAAACGUCACCUUUACUGAAUGAAGUGGGCCGUCACUACUCACGCCAAGUUUCCAAUCAGAAUGAAGAGAUCCUUAAACGUCAGCAGCUCAAGGAUCAACAUGCGAAGUAUAGGGUUUAUACCAGGCGCUGGUUGAUGCUUCUUGUCUUGUGUGUGCUUAACUUCUCAAACGCCAUGAUAUGGCUGACAUUUGCCCCCAUUGCUGAUAAGUCUGCAAAGUUCUACAACACAUCACUAAGUGGUAUCAACUGGCUGUCCAUCAUCUAUCUGGUUGUGUGCAUGUGCUUUGGUCUUUGUGCCUCAUGGAUGCUGGACACGUGGGGACUCCGUGCAGGGGUGUUGACAGGGGCGUGGUUGAAUGGCACUGGUGCAGGUGUGCGCAUCAUUGGUAGUCUUCACUUUGUUCCAUCCAAGUAUAGAUUUGCUGUUGUGAUGGUUGGACAAGGCCUUGCUUCUCUUGCCCAGCCCUUUAUUCUUAACUCUCCCACCAAACUGGCAGCGACAUGGUUUGCAGCUAAUGAGAGAGCCACUGCCAAUAUGUUUGCAUCCCUUGCUAAUCCACUGGGAGUAUUAGUUGCAAGUGCCAUUGCUCCUAUUAUUGAAAAGAAAUUUGAUAUUGUUUUAGUGGUUGAAGUCUUUGCAAUACCAGCUUUUCUUGGUGUUACCAUGGCAACAUUCGGGUUUUGUAACAGUCUUCCACCAAGUCCACCUACUAUGUCUGCAGCAAGCAAGUCUGAACCUUUUUUCUCUGGCUUGAAACAGGUUUUAAAAAAUAAGACCUUCUUGAUUCUUAUGGUAGCAUUUGGAGGUGGGAUAGGGCUGUUCUCCUGUUUGUCCACACUACUGCAGCAGGUUAUCUGUCCUCAUGGAUACACUGAUACUCAGGCUGGUGUAGCUGGAGCUGUACUUAUUGGCACUGGUCUUGUGGGCGGAGCCAUUACAGGCUCGUAUGUCGAUGCCACCAAGAAGUUUGAGGCAACAGCCAAAGUGUCUUACGGAUUUGCAGCAAUUGCUUGUAUCUUCUUUGCACUGGCAUCUCGUGAGAAUCACCACGUGGCCGAAGUUAUGAUCACCUCUGCUGUGUUUGGCUUUUUUGCUUUCUCGCUGAUGCCGGUGUGUCUGGAACUUGGCGUUGAGUGCACGUACCCCGCCGCAGAGGCGACGAGUGCCGGGCUUCAGUGGAUUUUCGGACAAUUCUCAGGGAUCGUUCUCAUCCUUGUUUGCCAAGCGCUAGCGACGUACAAACUCCCCGCAGAGUUACCCGACUCACAAUGCGACAACAAAGACAAAGAAACUGGUAAAAUCCAGGAUCUAACGUACUCGAUGUACGCGCUUGCCAUCCUUGCCGCCGCCAUCGCUAUCAUGUUCAUCACGCUGUUCAAACCGACAUACAAACGCUUAACCGCCGAGCGGAAAGACGCAAUUGAGAGAAUUGGGCACAUCAAUAGUCCGCUGACCAGGGGGCCGACGAGCCCGCCGCUCAACAGACCGGGAAAGCAGACGACCGUAGCCAUAGCAUAGUGAACCAUUUUAAGGCGGGCAAUUCCACCACAAUUCCCAUGAUGCAUUGUUAUGCAGCGAAGGGCAAAACAUUUUCUCAAAUUCAUAGAAGUCUGUUAGUAUAAAUGUAGUGGCAGAAAAUUGUUCCUACGUCUUCUAGGCCAAUCACGCCGCCAUUUUAUGCUCCCGGUCAAUGCCGAGUAACACAUUUUCAUCGGCUAUUUCAAGCGAUAUUUACAAUCAAAUACCGUCAAUAACGUAUCAGUCUUGUAGACUGAUGUCAUUUAGUAGACUGUUUGAGUUUGAGUUUCUGUUUUACGGGUUUAACUGCGGAUAAACCGGUUUAUUUUCAAUGAUAAUAACAAAGGAGUGGCUGAUCGACAUUCUUUAAAACGACAAUUCAAUGCACCAUUGGUAGGAUGAUUUUUUUAUGGCGUGGCGUGGAAUUAAGUAAAAGGAUUUAUAAAAGUAGAAAUUUUAAAAAUAUUAUUAUAUACAUUAUUUUGUGGCCGUCACAGGGACAAAAUACAGAAGAUAUAUAUUUUAUUAUUAAAAUAAUUCGAUACAAACUAUAAAAUUUAUAACCUUCAAA